AUGAGCUUUAAAACAUUUCAGUCCUCCAGCUUUGCGCAGUAUCUACAAGAAUUAAAGAAAGCAAAAGCUGCAGGCUGUCAGGAAGUUGUUAGCAAAGAGGACGAUUCAGUUGAUGCACUCCAGAAGAUCCUUGAAUUGUACCCGAACUUAUGCACCAAGUACCGCGAUGCGUCUUUACUUCUACAGUACCAGUUUUCCGCAGCCAAGUCUGUUUCAUAUAAACCAGCGAGAAGACAGAGUAUUGCGCAAAUGCCAACCUUCUAUGCUAAAUUAAGUUAUUGUUUCUCACCCGUUGAGUUUGGUUUACAACCAAAAAAGUGGGACCGAGAGAGGGAGCACCUGUUUAUUGAAUUGAAUGAAUAUUACAAAAGGAAUGAAUUAAGCAGGUUACCUGAUUUGAAGUUACUGGAAAACAUGCCUUGCGCCGUAAAACUUAAUAAUUUCUGGUAUCGAGGGCAGAUUAUUAAGUGGAUUGGUUCCUCAGCACUGAUAAGGUUUGUCGACUUCGGUUCCGAAAAACUUGUGGCAUUUGAACUGAUACAGCCACUUCUAAGUAAAUUUGGCCGUUUUCCACCUUUCGCUCUUGGAAGCAAACUGGCAGAUGUGGAUGUCAACAAAUUGACCGUUUCAAAAAUUGAGGAGUUUAAAAGCAUAAUAGCGCACUGUAAAAACAUUGUUCGAGUAGAAAUAGUCAACUGUUCUGAAUUUCCCAUUCUGGUAAAUCUAUACCAUCCUACUGUGCUCGGUUCCAACCUUGGAUCAAACCUUUAUUUUUCACCGGAAACGAGCUUUGCCAAAGAAAGGAAAGCACUUGAAGAUGAAGAUAUAACUGAGGAGUUCGCUUUACUGGAUACAGAUUUUGACGAUGCCACCGACGGAGGUGCCGACACCGUAACAGAAGAUUUAUUUGUUCUGCACUGUAACAGAUUGGCAAAAGUCCCUGCGACUUCGAAGAUGUUUGUUUCCUACGUGGAAAAUAGAAGAUUCCUGUACUUCCAUACGUCCGAUCACUUGAAAACGAUUACAACAGUUGAAGAGGAACUCUUUUCAAAACGGAAAAUUGUCAUUUUCAAGUGGGAGGAACUUUCGAAGUUGCCAGAUCAGUAUUUGGUCCCGUUUACUGCAUGCGGCUUCAAAAAGGCUUUUAGUGGGCACCAGUCUGCAUUCAGAGGUAUAAUAGACAGCGUUCAUGACGGUAACGUAGUUGUUCGAGCCGCUGACCAUGGAUGGCUUACAGAAGUCGCGGCAGAGGAUCUACGAGUCUUAAGUGUUCAUUUUGCAAAACCUCCGCAGAUGUAUUUGUGCUCGUUGAGGGGUUCUGACCUUCACCCACAUCAGUCAGAAACCAACAUUAUUCGCGAACUACUACCUUCUGGAACUCUUGUCACCGUUGUUCGUAACGGGCGUUCAAAACAUUCACAUCUUUACGAGGUUACCGUGUACAGGUCUAACGGCGAAGAGAUUAUCAAGAAGCUUGAAACAAUGUAA